AUGGGCACUAUUUGCCCUGCUGUUGAAUCUCUAAAUGCAAUGUCCAAUGUUUGUCACACAGCCAUGUCUGACUCUUGUGACCCCACGAACUGUAGCCCGCCAGGCUCCUCUGUCCAUGGGAUUUCCCAGGCAAGAAUACUGGAGUGGGUUGCCAUAUUAAUGCAAGCACAUCUUCCUGACCCAGGGAUCAAACCCUCGUCUCCUGUGUCUCCUGCUUUGGCAGGCAGAUUCUUUCCCAUUAGCACCACCAAGAAAAAAAACGGCUGUUUUAAAGCUCACAAAUGGGCACAAAUAAGUAAAGGUUGA